ACACGCGAAGUGAGACCGAACAAAGGUUACAAGAUAAAUACGUGUUUUGCUGGAUUUUUCAAUCAUCUUCAACGGCAAAUCAGUCAGUAAAUCUGACAAAGUGGUCUGGAAUAGUCCCAUAUAAUCUAAAGCGAAAUAAGAAUAAAGUCUAAGCAUUCGCCAGCGACAAUAGAAAUUUAAAAUAUUCCUAAAAAUACUUAGAAGCAAAAGCCAAAUGUCAGAGGAAUUACGCUUCGAUGGACGGGUUGCUGUGGUCACUGGAGCCGGUGCGGGUUUAGGUCGUGAAUAUGCACUGCUCUUUGGCACUCGCGGUGCCAAAGUGGUGGUCAAUGAUUUAGGGGGUAGUUUUCAAGGAGAAGGUGCAUCCAAACGUGCCGCUGAUGUAGUAGUUGAUGAAAUUCGUGCACUGGGUGGCACUGCUGUUGCGGAUUACAAUUCUGUAGUUGACGGUGCAAAGGUCAUUGAAACGGCUAUCAAGAAUUUCGGGCGUAUUGAUAUAUUGGUGAAUAAUGCGGGUAUACUACGUGAUCGUAGUAUUGCCAAAACCUCCGAGCAAGAUUGGGAUUUAAUACACGCAGUUCAUUUGAAAGGCAGCUUUAAAUGCACACAAGCUGCCUGGCCAUAUAUGCGCAAACAAAAUUAUGGUCGUAUCAUUAUGACAUCUUCAAACUCGGGAAUUUAUGGAAACUUUGGUCAAGCGAACUACUCCGCUGCGAAAAUGGGACUAGUAGGUUUGGCCAACACUGUGGCAAUUGAGGGAGAGAAAAACAAUAUACAUUGCAACGUUAUUAUACCAACUGCUGCUAGCCGCAUGACAGAGGGUAUUCUUCCGGACAUGCUCUUCAACGAACUGAAACCGAAUUUAAUCGCACCUGUUGUCGUGUAUUUGUGUCAUGAAUCAUGCGAGGAUAAUGGUUCCUACAUUGAGAGUGCGGCUGGCUGGGCGACUAAAGUGCACAUUGUUCGUGGAAAGGGCUGUGUACUGCGUACAUCGAUUGACGAAAAGGCCACCUCACCGGAAUAUGUUAAGAUUGUUUGGUCAAAAGUUACUGAUAUGACAGACGCCAAACAUUUGGAUAACAUUAGUCAAGCUUCAGGGUAUCUAUUGGAAGUGCUGGAGAAUUUGAAGGAAGGGAAAAUUGGAGGAAUUGAAGAUACCUUCAAGUAUAGCAGCAAAGAUUUAAUUUUAUAUGCCUUAGGCAUUGGGGCCAGUCUCACAAAUCAGAACGAUCUUAAAUUUCUAUAUGAAAAUCAUCCAGAAUUCACCGCAAUUCCUACAUAUUUUGUUCAACCCGGCCUAUUGCUUAGUAUGACAUCUAAUCUAGUGGCCAGUGCCCUGCCAUCGGGCAACGCAGAUCUUUCAAACAUUCUACAUGGCGAGCAGUAUUUAGAAAUAUGUGAUGACAUUCCCACUAGUGGCACACUCACUACUACCGGAAAGGUUUUCGAUUUAAUGGACAAGGGCUCGGGCGCUCUUGUUGUAACCAAUAGUGACACAUAUGAUGAAAGUGGCCGGCUAUUGGUUAAAAAUCAGAGUUCCAUAUUUAUUGUCGGUGCUGGCAAAUUCGGAGGAAAAAAGACACCAAUUGCCGGUGUUAUACCCAUUAUAAAUGCACCAAACCGAAAUCCAGAUGCUACAAUACAUUACAAAACGUCAGAGGAUCAAGCGGCUUUGUAUCGCCUUUCUGGCGACUUGAAUCCACUACACAUAGAUCCUGACUUCGCCACCUUAGCCGGAUUUAAGACACCCAUCUUGCAUGGUCUUUGUUCGUUGGGAUUUUCUGUGCGUGCAGUUUUAGCACAGUACGCCAACAACAAUACAUUGCUUUUUAAAGCUGUAAAAGCACGGUUUUCAGCUCCGGUAAUACCGGGCCAAACUCUGAAGAUUGACAUGUGGAAGGAAGGCAAAAGAGUUCUCUACACCACCACCGUUGUUGAAACUGGAAAACAGGCAAUAAUUGGAGGAUAUGUAGAUCUAAAAGAUACUUCAGCCAAAUUGUAAAUGUAUGAAAGGCAGAUUUAUCGUAUUUUAAUAUUUUAUAUGGUUGUUAAGGGUGGACUUGCUUAUACACAAUUUCAAUAAAUGCUUGUAUUAUAUUCCUUAUCAAAAGAUCGGUUUAAUACAUU